UUUCCAGAGGAGAAGAGCUGGAGUUACUCCACAAUCUCUCUCAGGCAGCAGGAUGGAGAAGCCCAGGAGGAUGGUGGCCACUGUCCUGCUGUGUGUGCUGGCCGUGGGGCUGGGGCUGGCUCAGCACUGGUCCUACGGCCUCCAGCCAGGGGGCAAGAGGAGCACCCAGCUCCUGCUGGGACCAUUCCAGGAGAUUGCAAAUGAAAUGGAGAAAUUAGAGGAGGAGCAGCAGAGCGCGUGCCCAGGCUCCUACCAGAAUUCCAGGAGGGGGGCUCUGAAGGAAGCCAUGGAGAGGCUGGUGGAUGGAGAAGGCAGAAGAAAGAAUAUUUAAAAAUUUCUGAAGUGAAAUGGAGCCACAGAGCCAGAGUGAGGUUUCAAAACUGUGUUAAAAUAAAUUCCUCCUCAAACGGUCUUUGCUUGGAUCAAUAUGUGAAUAAAUACUCUGAAAUGGCA